UCCUCCAUUCCCCACCCCCACCUCCUCGCCUCCACGCCGCCAGCGAUCCAUGGGCAAGUCCAGCAAGAAGUCCGCGGCUCCCGCCGUUGUCGCACCGGCGGCCGUCGUCCCCAAGGGGAAGGCCGGCAAGAAGCGCGAAGCGGAGGACGAGAUCGAGAAGGCCGUCGCCGGCAAGAAGCAGAAGGCUGCGCCGGCCAAGGCCGUGCCCGUGCCCAAGGAGGACGCCAAGAAGGCCAAGAAGCAGCCGCCGCCCAAGAAGGCCGAGAGCAGCAGCUCCGAGGAGGACUCGUCCGAGUCCGAGGAAGAGGUCAAGGUCCAGCCGAAGAAGACUGCCAAGCCUGUCAAACAGGAGUCUUCUGAUGACAGCAGCGAUGAGUCCUCUGACGAGGAACCUGCAAAGAAGCCUUCUGCUAAGCCUGUGGCCUCAGCUGUCAGCAAUGGUUCCAAGAAAGCCAAGCAGGAGAGCAGCUCCUCCAGUUCCGAGGAUGAGUCUGAUGAGGAUGAGAAACCUGCUCCAGUAAAGAAAGCACCAGCAAAGGAGGAGUCUGACAGCUCUGAGAGCGACUCUGAUGAUGAAUCAGAGGAGGCUGAGCCUGCCAAGGCCAAGGCUCCUGCUGUUGCUGCCAAGAAGGCUGUUUCUUCUGACAGUUCUGAGUCUGAGAGUGAAUCUGAGGAUGAGGAUAAAUCUAAGAAAGCUGCCCCAGCUGCCAAGGUGACUCCUGCUGCUAAAAGGAAAGAUGAUUCAAGUGAUUCCUCAGACAGUGAUAGUGAGGAAGAGCCACCCCAGAAGAAGCAGAAGGAUGCUGUGAAGGUUGCCCCCAAGUCUGCCAAAAAGGAUAGUAGCAGUGAUGAUGAGAGUUCAGAAGAAAGCUCUGAUGAUGAGCCUAAAAAGCAGGCAGCCAAGGCAGCCGAGAGCAGUGACUCUGAGGAAGACAGCAGCGAUGACAGUGAUGAAGACGACAAAUCUGCUAAGACUCCUAAGAAGGAAGUGCCAACUGCUACAAAAUCCCAGAAGGCUGAGCCUAAAACUCCUGCUAGCAACCAAGGUCAGGCAUCAGGGGGGUCUAAGACCCUCUUUAUGGGGAACAUUCCAUUUGGUGCUGAUUUUGAGCAAGUGAAGCAAUUUUUUGCUGAUAUUGCUGAGGUUGUUGAUGUUCGUCUGGGUGUCCAUGAAGAUGGCCAUCCUAAGGGAUUUGGUCAUGUUGAGUUUGCUACUGCUGAAGGUGCUGAGAAGGCACUUAAUGAGAUGAAUGGACAAGAUUUUAAUGGUCGUGCUGUGAGGCUUGACAUUGCUGCUGAAAGAGGCGCAAGUGCUCCUCGCACCAGGGAUGGUGGAUCUUUUGGCAAGCCAAGUGGAGGUCCCAGCCUUUCUGUAUUUGUCAAGGGUUUUGAUACUUCUCAACAGCGGGAUGAUAUCAACUUUGCUCUAAAAGAACAUUUCUCCAAGUGUGGAGAGGUCACGCGUCUGUCAGUUCCGGUGGAUUAUGAGACUGGUGAAUGCAGAGGUAUAGCAUACAUGGAUUUUGGCGAUGAGAGUUCCUUCAACAAAGCACUUGAGCUAAGUGGGUCUGACCUUGGAGGUUACAAUCUGUAUGUGGCUGAGGCAAAGCCUAAGGGUGACUUCGGUGGUGGUGGUGGUCGUUCUGGAGGUAGAGAUGGUGGACGUUCUGGUGGCAGGUUUGGCCGAUCUGGUGGCCGUGAUGGUGGUGGCAGGUUUGGCCGAUCUGGUGGCCGCGGUGGUGGCAGGUUUGACCGAUCUGGUGGCCGUGAUGGAGGUAGAAGAGGAGGAGGAAGAGGCUUUGGCAGGCAGAGCGCUGGGACUGCUAGCGCGGGAAAGAAGACAACAUUUGACGAUUAGAGAAGAGCCCAAACUACUCUGCAGCAACAAGUUGUGUCUCCAGGUCAAGAAAAAAAAAAGUUGUGUCUCGGACGUUUAGCCCUGUGUUUCCUUAAGACUAUUUGGUGUUGGAUACCAGUAUCGUUGUCCUAGUGGACUAGUAACAUUUUUGUCUGUAAUAUGGGCUGUUCUCCCUAUGGUUGGGUCGGCCAUGAUGCAAUGCAAGGAUUCUAUUAUAAUA